UUGAGUCCAAUCUACUCAACUUAUAAGAUUCAAAAUCACGACAGCACAUGAUAAACGGGUGGGGUUGCUCACCCCGAAUCUUUCGCCUUCUGCAAACUCCGCCGCUUCGACAAAGAAUAAUGAGAAGAAUCAGAAUUCAGAAUCGUUUCCGAAUUUACAUCCCACCUCCGUUUCGCAUAGCUCCCAUAAACCCAAGAGAGAGAAAAACCCUAUACGCAGAAAAGGGGGAUGGCGGCCAGAGUGAUCCGCGUGGCGCAGGACGGCACUGGAGAUUACCGGACUGUGCAGGAAGCCAUAGACGUUGUGCCUCUCUGCAACAAAUGCCGGAUUGUGAUUCGCGUGUCGCCGGGUGUGUACAAGCAGCCAGUCUACGUUCCCAAGACGAAGAACCUCAUUACACUUGCUGGGUUGCGCCCUGAGGACACUGUACUCACCUGGAACAACACCGCCACCAAAAUCGAUCAUCACCAGGCGGCUCGGGUGAUUGGGACUGGAACUUUUGGGUGUGGGACUGCUAUCGUUGAAGGGGAGGAUUUUAUUGCCGAGAAUAUCACUUUUGAGAACUCUUCUCCUGAGGUGAAGUUUCUGAAACUCCCAGUUUUAUCUUCAAUCUUAGCUUGCUCCAAUUGGCGAAAUGUGUACUCAUUGGGUUCAGGACAAGCUGUGGCAAUUAGAGUAACGGCUGAUCGUUGUGCCUUCUACAAUUGCAGGUUUCUUGGGUGGCAGGAUACUUUGUAUUUGCAUUACGGAAAACAAUAUCUGAAAGAUUGCUAUAUUGAAGGAAGUGUGGAUUUCAUCUUUGGGAAUAGCACUGCUCUGUUGGAGCAUUGUCAUAUUCACUGCAAGUCAGCGGGAUUCAUAACAGCACAAAGUAGGAAAUCUUCUCAGGAAUCAACUGGCUAUGUAUUCCUCAGAUGUGUGAUCACUGGCAAUGGUGGGGCUUCGUAUACACAUCUUGGACGACCGUGGGGACCCUUUGGAAGGGUGGUCUUUUUAUACACAUGGAUGGAUGCUUGCAUCAAACUUGUAGGCUGGCAUAACUGGGGCAAAGCCGAGAAUGAGAGAAGUGCUUGCUUUUAUGAGUACAGGUGUUUUGGACCAGGCAGUUGCCCAUCAAAACGUGUAACAUGGGCUAGAGAACUGGUAGAUGAAGAAGCAGAACAGUUCCUCAUGCAUUCUUUUAUUGACCCGGAUGUGGAGAGGCCUUGGCUGGCCCAGAGAAUGGCUCUGAGGAUACCAUAUUCCGCAUAGAAAUUAUAUUGCUGGAAAUAUGCAGUAGGUUCCCAUCUGAAAAUUGGAAAAAAAAAUGAAAAAGAAAGAAAAAGAAAAAAAAAAAAGGUUUUCAGACCUUAUAUGUACGAUGGGUUCAGCCUUUAUUUGACUUCCCUGCAGAUGAUUUGUGAUUGUAUUAUUUAUGCUAUAGAGUUGUAUCCUCAACUAGGUUCUGAGGAAAUCAAAUGGUUGUUUCUGGGCACACAAUUAAACUGUUUAGCUCAGUAGUAUUGAGACCCUUGUAUAAUGGUCAAUGUGCCAAUAAGAAUUUUAUGAUAUUGAACAAAUGAGCUGGAUAUGGAA